CUCGACAGCACAUUUACACCGUCCACGUCUAGGAACCGGUGAAACACCAAAGCUGACACAAACGUGAAGCUCCGCAAGAAGUAUGAUUAUUUCAGUGGCAAUUUUUGCAUUUUUAUCCCUGGCCAGUGCUAGCGAUGUGCUAGACUUGACUGACGCCAACUUCGCCAGCAAAAUCGCCGACCAAGAUGUUGUUCUUGUGGAAUUCUUUGCUCCGUGGUGUGGUCACUGUAAACGUCUUGCUCCAGAGUAUGAAAAGGCUGCUACAACACUGAAAAGCAACGAUCCUCCAGUGCCUUUGGCCAAGGUUGAUUGUACAGAAAACACAGAAAUUUGUGGCAAACAUGGGGUCAGUGGCUACCCGACCCUGAAGAUCUUCCGUAACGGAGAAUUUUCUGAGGACUACAAUGGUGCCCGGGAAGCAGAUGGUAUUGUUAAGACAAUGAGGUCAAAGGCUGGACCUGCCUCCAAGGAGCUGAAGACUGUGGCUGAUGCAGAGAAGUUUGUCGCCAGCUCUGAAUAUGGUAUCAUUGGUUUCUUCUCCAGCGAAGACAAUGAUGCUGCCAAGACAUUCCAGAAGGUGGCAACCUCAAUGAACUCAGAGAUGAGGUUUGCUCACUCCUACAACGAGGAUAUCAACAAGAAAUAUGCAGUCAAUGAUGACAUUGUACUGUUCCAACCUAAGAGACUACAGAGCAAGUUUGAGGACGCUCAGAGAAAAUACAACGAUGACAUGACUGUGUUCAAGGUCAAGAAUUGGAUCAGUGCAAAUAGCCAGGGACUGUGCGGGCACAGGACCACAGACAAUGCUGAUAAGUUCUCCAAGCCCACUGUAGUUGCCUACUAUGAUGUGGACUAUGUCAAGAAUGUCAAGGGAACCAACUACUGGAGGAACAGAGUGAUGAAGGUGGCCAAGAAGUUCCAGGAUGCCGGCAAGACUGUCACAUUUGCAGUGAGCAGCUCUACUGACUUUGCCCAGGAGCUCGCUGAAUUUGGUAUUGAAGGAGCCUCUGGAGAUAAACCAGUUGUAGCUGGCAGGGAUAGCAAAAACCAGAAGUUUGUCAUGUCCGAUGAGUUCAGCAUGGAUAACUUGGAAAAGUUUGUAAAUGAUUUGUUGGAUGGAAAAUUGGAAGCUUACAUGAAGUCUGAGGCAGUUCCAGAUAAUACCCAAAAUGCAGUAAAGGUUGCAGUUGCUAAAAACUUUGCUGAAGUUGUUUCUGAAGAUAAAGAUGUUUUAAUCGAGUUUUACGCCCCAUGGUGUGGGCACUGCAAACAGCUGGAACCUAAAUACACAGAGUUGGCAGAGAAGUUGGCUGAUGAAUCUGAGGUGGUUAUAGCCAAGAUGGACGCCACUGCCAAUGAUGUGCCACCUCAGUUUGAGGUUCAGGGCUUCCCAACAAUAUUUUUCAAGCCAAAAGGUUCACCUCCAAAGAAAUACCAGGGGGGUAGAGAAGUGGAUGACUUUGUGAAAUACCUGGCCAAGGAAGCGUCCACAGAACUUAACAGUUACACAAGGGACGGCAAGAAAAAGAAGGCGGCAAAGAAAGUGGAAUUGUAGAAUCUGCAUCCUUCACGUGCUGCUUCUUUUAUAUUUUCAUCUUUUCUUGUUUAUUAUAAACUUAACUGAAUUCCAAAUCUGUUCUUUAAACUUACAGUUGAAUAGUGUUGAAUAUCUGAGUUAAAAUUAUUUUGGUAAUUUUCCUGUAAAGAGCAAGCUGCAUCUAUUAACACUAUUUUAGAUUUUAUUUCCAAGCAUUCAUAUAUCCUUAAGAUGUAAGAAUUGUGAUAGCUAUUGUGCUGGACGCUAUGAUAGAUGUUUAUCAAAUUGUCAUUGGUAUUUGUAGCUAUUAGUUCAUUUUUGGUGUCUUCAGUUUAAAAUAAAUUGUCAUACAUGUAUCAUGUAUACAUUUUGUUCUGAUCAUAGUUUGAUACUGUGUAAAAUACGCACACUUUGCUCAUUUGUAAGGCUGUAUUGAAAUUCAUUUUGUGUACUUUUGACGGCCAAACUGUGUUGAAUGUUUUGAUACAGCUGUGUUGCGUGUGUGGGACUAAAACGUCAUGUUUAUGUAACACUAAUAAUUAUUAUAUGUAAAGGAGUGAUUCCAGUUGUUGAAACCAGUAAUUGGUAUUGUUUAAAUGUUAAGCUAGAGUUGUCAUUGUAUAUUUAUCAUGUUGAUAUUCUAGCAUCAUAAUGCGUAUGCCAUUUAGGUUAAAAGUACAUGAGAACUAUUCCAUUAAAUUAACCCAACAAGACAA